AUGUCAGCACCGUAUACCAUUCAUACAUCAACCCUUUUUGAUCCAAAAAAGAAGGAAUUUGUGUCUGAUACCUCCAUCACAGUUGACCCUGUGUCUGGACUGAUAAUUGAGGUGAUUAAGCGGACACCGGAGUUCCUGGGCAGCUCUGUUCCAGCGGGCGAUGUCGACCUCCGGGGUAAAAUUGUGAUGCCCGGCUUCGUGGAUGCCCAUAGUCACAUAUUUCUCCAUUCCUACGACGAACGGCCGUCCUUGAAUCAGAAGCGCGAUGAGAGUGUUGUUGAGCGAAUAGUUCGAGCAGUCAUUCACUGCCGAACCGCAUUGCUUUCGGGAUACACGACCUACCGCGACCUAGGAUCAGAAUCAAUGCAGGAGGGGGACGCUCAAAUGCGAGAUUGCAUCAAUCGAGGCCUCAUCCCCGGCCCCCGUUUAUUUGUGGCUACACGGGCUCUCGCUAGCACGGGGUCAUACGAGCCUCGCACUGAGAACCAUGCAAACGGGGUGUGCCUUCCCCGUGGAGGUGAGACCGUUGAUGGUGCGGAUGAAGCACGAACGGCAGUGAGGCGUCGUCUUGCAGCUGGCGCCGACAUUAUCAAAUUUUUUGCCGACUAUCGACGACGGAUCAUGCGCUAUCCGCCUGCACAACAACAUCCAUAUGUGCAAAGCGUCACCCAUCCUCCGGCUAAUCCUAACCCAGAUCUUCUCGUUUUUGCACAAGAGGAGAUGGAUAUGAUUGUCAAGGAGGCAAAAAUUGGCCAGGCACCCGUUGCCUGUCACGCAGGUACUAUAGAAGGGGCUAUUAUGGCAGUCAAGGCUGGUGUCAACUCUAUUGAGCAUGCGUACUUUGCCAACCAGGAGCUUUUCGAACUCAUGAUUGAAAAGAAUUGUAUGCUUGUUCCAACACUUGCUGUAUGUGAACGCUUGCAUAAGGGUCGCUUUAAGGAGAUCCUAGCACAGACCAAGCUAGCCUAUGACCUUGGUGUCCGUUUUGCAUGCGGUGGAGAUACCGGCACCUAUCCUCAUGGACAAAAUGCUAGAGAGAUGGAGCUUAUGAUUGAGGCAGGUCUUCCGUUAGAGGAUGUCCUAGAGUCAUGCACGGUCGGAGGGUGGGAGUCUUGUGGGAAAGACUUGUGCGGCAUGCGGUUUGGUUGGUUUGAAAAGGGGUUGAGAGCGGAUAUCAUUGCCCUACGAACUGAUCCCCGCGAAGACAAGUUCGCAUUGAGGAAGGUGGACUUUGUAAUGAAGGAUGGUGUGGUUUGGAAGCAGGAAGGUCAAGGGGUGGGGAUUUAUCUCGACGACCACAAAUGGGACACUGAUUAA